AGGAGCGCUUGGCUGCAGUCCCGGCAGCCGGGAUGGCGGCGCCGCGGUCGUGCGCGGAUGGCUCCUGCUGUUCGCACCCCGGUACGGUGCCCGGGGUACAGCAGACGCUGGAGGAGAUGGACUUCGAGAGGGGUGAGAGGGGUGAGGCGGCCGCGUGGCCGGCGGCGGGCAAUCCCCAGCCCUAUCUCCGGGAACGUGGACUGAAGGAGGCCUCGAACCGAGUUUGGAGCUUCCGGGCCUGGUGCAGUAAGGCUGGCUUCAAAGCAUGGCAGGAAGCCCCUCGGCUACCCCGUCUCGAGUGCGGACGGGAAUCUGGUCGGCUGCCCUGAAUGGAGACCUGGGCCGAGUGAAGUACUUCAUCCAGAAAGCCACAGACCCUAGCCAGCCGGACUCUGCUGGCUACACUGCACUGCACUAUGCUAGCCGCAACGGGCACUAUGCUGUUUGUCAGUUUCUGCUAGAAAGCGGAGCAAAGUGUGACGCCCAGACCCACGGGGGCGCCACGGCUUUGCACCGGGCCAGCUACUGUGGGCACACGGAAAUCGCUCGGCUGCUGCUUUCCCAUGGGUCCAACCCCCGGCUGGUCGACGAUGAUGGCAUGACCAGUCUACAUAAGGCUGCGGAGAAGGGUCACGAGGACAUUUGCUCUCUCCUGUUACAACACAGCCCAGCCCUGAAGGCUGUCCGGGAUCACAAAGCACGCCUAGCGUGUGACCUGCUGCCCUGUAACAGUGGCCUGCGGGACCUGCUGGCCAGCUGAGGCUCCACCUCCUGUCUCUGGCUGCCCUUGAAGGGUACACAGACUAGUUCUCCACACCCUGCCUUGCUCAGCGUCAUGCUGCUGGGACCAGGGCCAGAAUGCCCAGAAGAGCCCCGUCUGGCCAGUGUGGCAGCCGGUGGGGAGGCUCAGGAGGGCUGAAGGCUUGUGAACCUGGACAAGUGAUCAUAUAUAAGUUGGUCCAUGUAGAGACACAUAUCCAUUUGGAAGAAAAUAAAGCUUAGAUCUUGAUGUUA